AUUUUCAUGCAGUCUUCAAUAAUCCUUAUAAGACAAGAAAAUUUGAACAUUUGACUAUCUUCUCGUUCACUCCCUGUCUGCUGUGUCUAAUGUUGAAAAUCAAAAUAAAUAUGAAAUCUAGCCAGUGUUUGCAAGACACUCGAGUAGUCAAAGUGAGUUGUGAGGCCGUUAUUACUAUAUAAUAAUAUUAACUUGUAACCGCGUUGAGAAAAAUUUUGAGUGUAAGGAUGGACGGCCUAAACGCUAAUUAUAAAAUUAUCGAGGCGAAAGCAGACGACGAUGACAAUGAAUUCGAUGAGAAGGACAUACUUGAUUGUCAAGAUAAACGACAAGACCGACCUCGAACACCACUGGAAGGAGAAUCGACGGAAAGCAAGGACAUCGUUCCUCCGAAAGUCUACAGAUUGGUGCAGAUCGAGGACGAUGACAGCGUCGAGAAUGAGCUCUUCGAAAACUACCUUACUGGCUCCAAAGACGACGAUUACUCCUUGAACGUCGCAAUGACGAAGGCUCUGCACCAGCAAAACCUCGAUUACGUCAAAACGCUGUUGAAAUGGGGAAUAAAAAUCCGGCCUAUCGACAGUUCGGGCCGUACUUUCGUCCACGAGGCGUAUUUCAACACGGAAGUGCCCGAGAACGCCGAUCUUCUACUCAAUUACUGCGACGAGGUGAAUUACGGUGACGUCACGGGCGUGACGCAUCUCCACAUCGCCUGCGCCAUUGGCAACAUCAACGCGGUUCGCCGUUACCUCGCCGAUCGGGAACUCCAAGUCGAUCUGUGUUGCGGCGUCGACUUUUGGCAGCCUGUGCAUGCCGCGGCCAGUGGCUUUAACAAGGAAAUCCUGAAGCUGCUGGUGAAUCGUGGCGCCGAUCCUUUCUCGCCCCUGGCCGAGACUGACCAGACCCCCUGGACCAUAGUCCUGCGCACCAAAGCCUGGCCUCUAGGCAUUCGGCGCGAGUCCAAGCUCGGCACGAUCGAGUUCUUCCUGGACUAUGCCAAACGGCGCGAGGGCUUCGAUCCGAUCUACGACAUCUGCCUCGAGUGUCGCGAGUCGACGGAUUUUCUGCGCGAAGCCGUGGCCAAUUGCGUUCGCAACGGCUUCGACGACUUUGCGAGGCUCGACCGGAGCGGCCGGACGAUUUUGCACGCUCUGGCCGAGAGAGCGGAGGAAAACGAGAGCUACGUAGCCGUGGCCAAGAUGUUGCUUGAGAAUUUCCGGCUCGACGUCGACGUGAAAAAUUCAGGUGGACAGACGCCGCUCGACGUCGCAGUGCACAAUCUUAAUAUGGAUAUGACGAGGCUGCUUAUUCGUCACGGCGCCGACCCGGCCUUCGUUACACUCCACUGGCAGGAGUUCAAUUUUCAAAAAAUUGAAAGAUCGCCGCUGUCGAUGUACCGAGACAUCUGGAACACCGUGCGUGUACUGGUAUCGGCGGGAUUCCACAUGGACUGGGAGAAAUUCCUUCAAAUUUAUAUUAUUAUUCGGGCUUUUAUCGAACAUGUUUCCAUCGGCCAACGGAAUCGCAUAACGAAGACGUUGCAAUACGGCGAAAUAGAACUAUUCCAAAACGCCUACGACAAAGUAUACAAGGAUAGUAGUGAAAAGGACGAGCACCAAAUGCGCAAAAAUCUGCUGUUCGACCUUUGCGAGUAUCAAAACAUCGUGGAAAUCGGUAAAAUGAAUACUGCCAACGGCAUCCCAAUUAAAAAAUUCAUACUUUUGAAGGUGGAAAGUUUGCGUGAAGAACUCGGCAUUGGAGAUAAAAGCGUAGAUCUGAAUCCGUACAAGCUGGAGAUCAACGAAAUGGCAAAGACGCCGAUCAACGACAAGGGCGAGACGCUCCUCGAUAUUUGCCAAUUCGACAGCUUUCAGACGUUCAAGUUACUGCAGGCAGCUAAUACCGAUUUGCUCUUCCGCAAAACUGACUCUUUGCCCCUGAUCGGCGAACUCGUGAAGAGUUACGUGUUCAAGGCCUAUGUCAGAGGCUACUGCAUCUCGGUGGGAGCGAAUUUUAUGACGAGGUUCUGGAAGAUCCCAAAAAAUAUUUCCGAAAAAAUAUUGGACUACAUGAAUAAUGAACAGAUUAUGCAUUACGUGAGUGAGAAUUGGAAGCACGUAGAGUCUAAGGCAAAAACUCAGCCACUUGCAAAUGCGUGUGACAUUAUACCAUUAUCAGGAAAAGGGAAAAAAUAUUUUCAGUGCUGCAGCAUACUCUGAAAUCGCUCAUUGUUAGCUCAAGAAUGUAAGCAUGCCCAUGCAUUCGUUGUUUCCCAUGAGUCCUAUUGCUAGAAGACAUGACGAAUGAUUUCUACGUCAGGUAUCAAAGUAAUGCUGCUAUUAUUUGAUUUUAUAAACAAAAUAAAUUUUAAUAUCUAAAAGAAAAUAUUUUAUAAAU